CUUCCAACGCCGAGGCUACUUAGACUCGUAACUAGUCUGGCUAUCAACUAUACGCCAUGCUGGUCACGAGCCUAGAGGCUACUACCCAACAGUCUACCACAAAAGACGGUGAUCACAGCCACGCGUGGGUUGCACAUCCACUGAUUUGUGAUCAGCGACUUGCACGACUUUUAAGGUUCUCCCUUCCCGCAUGGUGGUGUCGGUGUAUCUACCAGUCAUGUCAUUGAUGAUAACCCUGUCAACGCCUCGUCGCGUAUGCUUCGUGACAUCAGUGUGCCUGACUUGAAAAUCACUCGCAUUUUUGCAGAGCUACACCCCCAAUACGUCAGUCAAUUUGAAGUAGAAGAUGCUAGUCGACUAGCCAUUCACGCCCGACUGGAGAACACUCCACUUCGUCUAAUCAACACCUCUACAUGCGCAGAUCAACGCAUCUACGGAGAGUAAAGAGUAUAAAGAGCUUUUACAUUCAUCAGUGCCUCUCCAAAUGCAGCCCAUCAAAGAAGCGGUCACGCAGUACUCGUGGGUCAUGUUAUCGUACAGGUGGGAAACCCAGGAGCCAACGCUGUACGACAUUCAGCAUAAGACCAUAUACGAUUUGGACCCGGCUGGAACCGUAGUGAAGUUACAGAAAUUCUGCAAAGCUGCUCGCGAUGCGGGGCAUCGUUUGGCGUGGAGCGAUACGUGCUGCAUCAACCGGCUCGACAUUGUUGAGCUCCAGGUUUCAGAUCACUCCAUGUUCAUCUGGUAUCACUGCUCAGCACUCACCAUUGUCUACCUAUCAGAUGUUCCUUCUUCAUCAAAGUCGGGCACGCUCGCAAACAGAGCUUGGAACACGCGAGCAUGGAGUAUUCCAGAACUCCUGGCCCCGAAAGUCAUUUUCUUCUACCAAGCUGAUUGGACUCUGUAUCUCGACAACCGCUCAUGCAACCACAAGGAGUCUGUCAGUAUUAUGGAGGAGCUGAAGCAUUCGACUGGCAUAAACCCGCGGGCGCUCCUCGCCUUCCGCCCGGGGUUGAGAGAUGCCCAAGAGAAACUUCAAUGGGCAUCAACGCGUAUCACUGCGCGUGAUGAAAACAUCGCGUAUUCGCUGUUUGGGAUAUUCGGCAUCCACAUUCCUAUAAUCUAUGGAGAAGGAAGACAGAAGAUGCUAGGACGUUUCUUACAGGAGAUCAUAGCUCGUUCAGGCGACAUCGCAGCCCUUGAUCGGAUGGGACAAUCAUCCGACUUCAACAGUUGCCUCCCAGCCAACAUUUCAUCAUACAAGGCUCUGCCAUGCAUGUUGCCAUCUCUAUCCGAAGACGAAAUGCAGAAUUCAAUCUCGACGCUGCGAAACAAUAUCGUGGCUGUGGAGUCGGCUUUGAAACUGUAUACCACUCUUGAGAACCUCGACAGACUGCGAUUGCCUUGCAUUGUAUUUCCUCUCACAGAAGUCAAGCGGAGGCCUGGUGGAGACGGGGACAAAUGUUUCACAUAUGAAGUCAAGGCAGACAGGCUACAAGACCUGCUGGUCAUAACAGAAUACAAGCUUGUUCAGUUCUCGCCUGCAAGGCGUACUCGGCAGACAUUUCUGCUUGUCUAUCCGUGCAAUUGGCAUAAUCUCGAGGACUCUACAGACGAGUCGUAGAGCGUGGAUGAUUGGUCUGCUGAACCUGGAGAUGGUGAGCUGGUUACCAGAGGGUUGAAGUUGCUCGUUCGCCUUGCUCGUCCUUUUGGCGCACUUUUGCUAGCGCAACAGCGUGGUUGGGAGUAUAAGAGAAUUGCUUCGGAUAACAAUAUCAUCGCACAAGCGAGGGACAUGAUGAAUGUCAGGAUGCUGGAGAUAUUGUAGCUGCG